UUGUCAUUGAGACAAAAUAAACCACUCCCUCUCACCCCUAUCACCAAGCUCGACCAAGACCUCAAGAAAAGAAGAGGAAAAUCUCUCAAAACCACCUCCAUUGUUGCAGCACGAGCUCAAGAGAAAUUGGUCCAAGGAAGGAGGUUUGAGAAGGAAAAAGUUAGGAAAAGUGUGAAUAAUUAAGGAACUUGUGAAAGGUAUUUCAAGUGAUUUCACAAAGUUGGAAAAGUCGCCGGAGUUGUCGCCGGAGUUGACCAAAAGUCACCGGAGUUUCACCGGAGUUCAACCAAGAAGGGUAGAACUUCUUAACGCUAGUUCAAGGUUGAAGCUAGGGCUUGCUACCUGCACCUUUCUACGGGUGACAUCAAUCAAGGAAGACGUGAAAUGGAGGGCAGGCGAAUGCGGACCAGGAACAAUCCGAGGGGGCAGGCGCCGGUAACAUCCCAAAGGGGAAGCCGGGCUGCAUCUCGGGGUUCAAGAGGAGGCCGUGGAGGCCGUGGAAGCCGUGGAGGUCAUCAAGCUCAAACUGUGAGUGAUGGCCAUGUAAGCUCGGUGUAUGAAACCAACACCGAGGAUUAUGACUCUACGUAUGUUCCUGAGACAGAGCAUGAGGAGACCCCAUAUGAUGGGGGUGACACAUACACCGAUGAGGACAAUGAUGAAAGUGAUGCCCGCUUCGCCCAAAUGGGUGAAUUACUUGAGUGGUAUCAAAAGGAGAAACUGAGGAGAGACCUUAGGCGCCAAGCGAGGCGUGGCUCUCGUGGUGGUUCGGGUCAAGGGAGCCGGGGAGCUUCCGUGGCCACCCCAGCGGCGUCACAAGGUGGGCGUGAAGGAGGUUUUGUUGUGAGAAUCUCCAAGUACCUCAAGGAGGCUAGGGCCUUGGGGUGUAGGUCCUUUGACGGCACCGGUGACAUUACCGUUGCCGCCGAUUGGAUUAAGAAGGUGAAGGAUGCGUCAAGAGACAUGCAAAUCACACCGGACGUGAAGUUGACUGUCGCUUCACGGCUACUUGAAGGGAUAGCCUCUACGUGGUGGGAGAGCGUGGAAGGGAAGUACCAUGGGGAAAUAACAUGGGCGGACUUUGAGCUAGAGUUCUAUGCUCAAUACUACUCCGAGUACGAGGUGAAUGUGAAACGGAGAGAGUACACUAACCUCAAACAGAAAGAUGGCGGCACGGUUAAGC